GGGCCCGGCUGAGGCGGGCGGCGGGGCCGGCGCUGAGGCGGGCAGGGCCCGGCCGGGCCGGGACUGCCCCGAGGCCUUCGCGGGACGCGAGGGGACGACGGGCGGCUCCUUCCGCUGGUAAGCGGGCCCGGGGCGCGCCGGUUGUCCCGCCGAACUCCGCGGGCCGGCUCGCGGCGCUGUGCGGCGGCGCUGAGGGCCGUGCCGCGCCGUGCCGCGCCGGCGUCCUCCUUCCCUCCCGCCUUGCGGCUUCGCGGCGCGGUCGGGGGCAGCGUGCGGUCCUCCGGGGCCGCGCCCGCUCUCGGCCCGUGUCCCAGCCCCGCGGCUCCCCGCCCGUGCUCGGUGAUGGCGCCGCUCAAACGCGGUCCCCGUGCCGGGCUGGUAAAUGUGAGGCACUGUCCGAGUUACGGCGUGCGAUGGUCGCUGCGUUUCUCAUCAGACGUCCCCUCGGUCCGCAUCCGGACAGGCUGUCCGUCAGCUUCUCCACGUCGCGUUCUCGUGAAAACAGAAAGUUUCACAGCAUCCUUGCAUCCCCUGGGGUGUGUUUGACGGGAUAGGCAGAGUGCAAACGUGCUCUGGCUCCGUGCCGCCCAUCCCCCGGGCCUGCCCGAGGUGCCUGCCGGGCCUCACUGACAGAGCUCUGCUGCCAAAGGUCCGUCCUUCGCAGGCUGUGCCCGGGUGCGGUUCUUCCUUUCGGUCCUCAGGGGAUCACGGAGGGGAGGAGGCCCGGCCUGUGCUGCUGGGAGUGCAGCUGCCGCACCGCUGCCCGGGGGCUGGCGGGGCUGCUUAAAGAGAGGAGGGGAAAAUCACGGGCGGUUGAGGGAUUUGUGGUAUAUGCUGCCCAUCCCUACCAACCAGUGCUGGGAGAUGCGAGGGUCUCAGCUUUUGCUUUUUUGGAGAAAGGCGGAAACACAAUUCUCAGGUGUGCAAGGGAACCUCGGUGGCACAGAGCCUGGCAGCACAGGAUCCAGAGUUGUGUCUGUGUUUGCUUGGAAACCGUGCUUUGUGGCACUGGGAGUCACACGUCGCUUCGUACAGAAACGGAGGGCUUACGUCUGUGUCACUCAGCCGUUUGUUUGAUGCGCUUGAACGUUUAACGAAUUAAAGCGAAUGCGAUUCCGUAUCUCCUGGAAAGCAUCGGGUCACGUUGAUUUUUCCUGGCAUCGCUGCUGACGCUGUGCCAUAGGGGGCGCGGGGAGAAAAAGUAUCUGCAGGCCGGGACUGCGUGCGCUUAACCGGAGGUCCCAGUUUUGUUGUGUUAUCCUUUGUCGGGUUCGGUUCUCUGCCGAUUCGACAGAACUGACACAGAGGGGCGAUGCAGGGCGGCCCUGAGCACGGCCGGGCGCGGGCAGGAGCGUGAGCGGCACCCGCUGCCCUUAGCGUUACAGCGGCUCUUCUGUUCGUUUGCUUCCGCUUCGGUGACUGCCGCGCCGAGACCGAUGCGUACUUCCUUUCUGACUUUCAGUAGCAGAGAAAAACUAAAGACCUUGAAGAAGGCCUCCUGCUGCUCCUUACUCUGCAGUAACAAUGCUGCAGAGAUGAGAUUAUAGCAAGCGCUUCCUGUGUGGCCUCCAUGGGUCCCACUCAACUCAGCACACAGGACCAUGGGAAGAGGGUGGCAAGUGUAUUUGAGAUGGAGGAGGAAGGGCUUUCACUCUUCUCUGGCUCAGAGAACCCCCCUAAGCAUGCAGAAAACCCCCCGCUGAAGCGGAAGAAGGGCCCAGCCCCCAAGAUGCUGGGAAAUGAAGUCUGCAGCGUGUGUGGGGACAAGGCCUCAGGCUUCCACUACAACGUGCUGAGCUGUGAAGGCUGCAAGGGCUUCUUCCGCCGCAGCGUCAUCAAGGGCGCCCAGUAUGUCUGCAAGAACGGCGGCAAGUGUGAGAUGGACAUGUAUAUGCGCCGCAAGUGUCAGGAGUGCCGGCUGCGCAAGUGCCAGGAGGCAGGCAUGCGGGAGCAGUAUGUUCUGUCUGAAGAGCAGAUUCGGCUGAAGAAGCUGAAGAAGCAGGAGGACGAUCAGGCACGGACAGUCGUGGUGCGUCCAAACCCUCCACAGCCACCAAGCCCUUCCCACCAGCUGACACCCGAACAGUUAAACAUGAUUGAAAAGCUUGUGGCUGCUCAGCAGCAGUGCAACCAGCGCUCGUUCACUGACAGGCUCAAAGUGACGCCAUGGCCCCAAGUCCCUGACCCUAAUAACCGCGAAGCAAGGCAGCAGCGUUUUGCUCACUUCACAGAACUUGCAAUUAUCUCUGUGCAAGAGAUUGUGGACUUUGCCAAGCAACUACCUGGCUUCCGAGAGCUCACCAGGGAAGAUCAGAUUGCUUUAUUGAAGACAUCUACCAUAGAGGUGAUGUUGUUGGAGACAUCUCGGCGCUACAAUCCAGAGAUUGAGAGCAUCACUUUUCUGAAGGACCUGAGCUAUAAUCGGGAUGACUUCGCCAAAGCAGGUCUGCAGUUCGAGUUCAUUAACCCCAUCUUUGAGUUCUCAAAGGGAAUGAAUGAGCUACAACUCAAUGAUGCUGAAUAUGCACUUUUAAUCGCCAUCAACAUUUUCUCUGCAGACCGACCGAAUGUGCAGGACCAGUCCCUGGUGGAGAGACUACAGCACACCUAUGUGGAAGCCCUUCAUUCUUAUAUUUGCAUCAACAGACCAAAUGAUCACCUGAUGUUUCCACGGAUGUUAAUGAAGCUGGUCAGUCUUCGGACGCUAAGUAGUGUUCACUCUGAACAGGUGUUUGCCCUUCGGCUGCAGGACAAGAAACUCCCUCCCCUGCUCUCAGAAAUCUGGGAUGUGCAUGAGUGACCGCAUGCUCCCAGGGCACUGAUGUGCCGACAUAACGCCGUGUCCCAGCCUUUGCUAACGAGAAGCCAGCCUCCCCUCUCCAAAGCACUGAACUCUGGGCUAGGCAGUGCAGAGAGUGACGAGCUUGGGGUUUCAAUGUCGUAAUGAGACUAUGCAGGAGGCAGCUGGGGUAGAUCAGAUGAUGGGGGUUGGUUUUGAUGUAGUGCCCACACCCCAAAUGAAUAACACGAAACAUCUGAAAACGGUAGAAAUGAAGACUCUCUCCACGCACGUAAACCUCUUUCUUCAGUCUCUUUCUCUUUUCUAAGCAUGUCCUGGGGAUUUGCUCAUUGAUCCUUUCCUCUCUCGUUGAUUAUGAAAAUGAAUUUGCAGGAAUUUGCCAAACCCUCUCUAUUGAGAGUAACCCAGCUCAAAAGGGUUAUGCAGGGUCCCCAGUGUACCUGGAUCUGAGGAGCUCAGGGAAGUCAGUGUGUAUGUUCUAGGGGUUUCACUGGGUUUCCUAUAAAUAAAAUAUCUUCUAUGUACUGCCCUUUGCAAAGAUUCCAGGAGAAGUAGCUGUUAUUUCUUUAUUGUGAGACUUCAUCUCUAGAGGUGCCCUUUCAUUCUGGCCUUCCUUUGGAAAGAGGAUUCCUCUGAUGUUGCAACUAAAUAAUCAUUAAGGUCCCUUCCAACCUAGGCCAUUCUACAAUUCUAAUGUGUAGUGCCCUUUGUCUAACAGGGAAAUCCUCUGGGUAGGGAACAUAUGUACACCAGGAAAAUGUCAGGCAUAAAGUAGAGGAUUUAUUGCUUUUUUUUAUGUAAUAUAUCACAAUUCUAUCUCAUGCUGAUUCGCAGCCAGUUCACUUUACCUUUGACUUGCUAACAGCUGGAAAACUUUAGUUCAAAACAAAUCAGGGCAUAGAUUUUUUUCUGUCUUUAGGGGUGGAAGAGAAGAGAGAAAGGUGGGAAGGACUGGUACCUAGGCAAGGUAGAUGUGGUGGAAGGAUCUCCAAAACUUCCAAGAAUUUGGAGCAUAUGGCAUGUGUUCCAAGGUGAGUGUGAAGAUGUAUUGGCCAAGGAGAGAGGACACACUGCACUUAGUGAAAUAUGUGGGCAUUGCACAAGCUACGGGCUGCACAACUCUCAGAUCGUGGGCUGCAGGAAUAUCGAGUGUUACUCCAUCUGCUUGCAUCUUCUUCCUCAUGCCAAAGUCUUUCCAAGGUACUUUCUCGAGGUUCCAGUGAUUGUGAUGGGAUGUGGAGGUCCCUGCUGUAUGAGGAGUGCCAACUGCUUUAGAAGGACACUUGGGUCUUGUAUCCUUUCUUCACGUUGGGCGCAGUGAGAGCCACACUGGAUUUAUGCCCCGCGUUCUUAAGUAUCCACAUUCAUAAGUAUUCUAGGACUUAAAGCAAUACGUGGUCUGACAAGAGAAACAUGCUGUUCCAAAAUAUGUUCCUUAUUUUCCAAGAAACAACAUCUUUAUGGCUGAUCUCAGAGAUGUAACCUGAAGUAUCCUGGUAGUUUGGUCUCAUGAGUCUUCUCUGUCAUAGGGGUCUGUUUGCUUGCCUGGUGAGCAUCCCGAGAGCCUACGUUCACAUGGCUCGUGUUGGUUUUUUUGUUGGGUUUAUUUUUUUUUUUUUUGGCUGUGUAUCUGAGCGCUAUGCCCGUGGUGAGGGUAUUGUGUCCAUUUUGCACUUGAGGUUGGUCCCUUGCCACUGGCCUUCACUCUGCACCUUUGUAAAGCACUUGUAACAAUCCGUAAAAUAAUCUGUUGUUUUUUAUAACUCAUUGCAAUUGCAAAAAAAAAAAAAAAAAAAAAAAAAAAAAAUCUUGUUGAAAUCUGUAUUUUUAACUAAUCUGUUUGAGAAAUGUUAAUGUUUAUAUAAAAGAAUAAAGCCUAAUACAGGA